AUUCUAUAAAACCUCUGCCCGGGGGCUAGGGUUUCCUCCCAGCCGUCAUCGUUUCGCGUCCGCCUCAGCCCGCCGCAAGGAGAGGUAAGUUCAGGAGACAUCUUCGAGAAGCUGAAAUGGCUCCUAAAGCUGCUCCUGCCAAGAAGGGUGAUGCCAAGACCCAGGCCUUGAAGGUUGCCAAGGCUGUGAAGUCUGGGGCAGCCAAGAAGAAGACCAAGAAGAUCCGCACGUCUGUGACAUUUCACCGCCCCACGACCCUGAAGAAGGCUAGGGACCCCAAGUACCCACGAAUCAGCACUACCGGAAGGAACAAGCUUGAUCAGUACCAAAUUCUCAAGUACCCCCUUACCACAGAAUCAGCGAUGAAGAAGAUUGAAGAUAACAACACUCUGGUCUUCAUUGUUGACCUCAAGGCAGACAAGAAGAAGAUCAAGGCUGCCGUCAAGAAGAUGUAUGACAUCCAGGCAAAGAAGGUCAACACCUUGAUCAGGCCUGAUGGGAAGAAGAAGGCUUACGUGAAGCUGACUCCCGACUAUGAUGCUCUUGAUGUGGCCAACAAAAUCGGAAUCAUCUAAGUGCUGCAUUAGGCAUCUGUUGUUUCCUAGUUCAAUCUGUUGUGUCCUAGUUCUAUGUGAAACCAGAGUUUUGUAGCUAUGGAUCUCAAUCGUUCCAUUACCAUGUGUUAUGCACACUUCUGAAUUUGAUAUCAUCCAAGUGACCGGUUGAACUAGUUUGCGUUCUGCACUUCAUUACACUUGGACACCGUCAGUCUUUAUGACCAGUAAUUUUGUUUGUCGUAAUAGGUUGGUUUUGCAACUCGACCAAAUAAUUCGACCAAAUAACCGUGUAUGUGUUGUAUC